AUGUUGCUUCGAUUCCUUUUCAUUUCAUCAUCUCUUCUAUUUCUAUCCGUAUAUUCCGAAGGCUACACUUGCGCUGACUACCUUGUCAACCCUCCACUAGACAUCACCAAGCCCUAUUACUUCCCAAAUGACUGGAAUGAGUCAAUGCCACCUGCCAAAUACAAUCCGUCUCAAAAUUGUAAUUGGCAGAUCAAUGUUCUAGAAGAUAUGUAUGCAACUGUUACAUUCUAUAAGAAUUCCAAUAAAGCUGGAAGCUUUGAUGUUUAUUACCCAGAUAAAGUGACUGUUGCAAUCCAUGAUGAUGACAUUAACCCUUACAUUUUCACUUAUCAACAAUUUCGAGUGAACAUGUUUGUUCAAAAUCAGCCGGGGGCGUUUUCAUUCAAAGUUGUUUGGUCCAAUUACCCCAACGCCUGCAGUAAAACUAUUCCAUUAAAUGACUCUCCCGUCCCAAACGUUCCCGAUACAUGUUUCACAACCUACACCGCUCCUAACAACGUGAUGCUAGUAGGUUUCCCUACUAAAGAAGAUUCAGAUGAUGCUCUUCGACAAUCCGCAGUUUUUGACGGUGGAGAUUAUAGAGGAGAGUAUUUAGGCAACUUGUACGACUUGUUGAAUACGCAAAUUGUGUCAAAAAGUAAUCAGUUGACAGUAUACACGUUUGGGCUGAGUGAGAAGUACAACUAUACGCUGUAUAUGGGUGUUGAUACGAAAGCUAUUGGAGAUGUCCAACGAUUUCGUGGGCUCCGAUGCAAACCCAGUGUUUCUCCAUGCCUCAUUUAUCUCCCAUCCAGUGCUAUCUCUGCAGUCGCUACCGUAUCUGAUGACGUGGAUUAUCUUGCAGCAUUUGAUAAAUUUCCUUAUGAAGGUACGUUGAAAAUCUACGAGGGCAAAAUGGUCGAGGAUAAUCUUCUGACUACCGUCAACCGAACUGAUUACCCGUACAAGUUUCCAAUGGCAGUUAAGAAUAAUGUGAAAAUUUACUACCUGGAUCAAGGAACCGUCCAAAUUCCCCUUAGUACACAAACUAGAUCGUAUUGGACAACUGUAUUUCCUAAUCGCAUCGUCAACAUCCACUCCUUCUACUAUCGUGAAUUGAGUCCAUAUCAGUAUACAUUCGAAACGUUUACCACUAGUAGAAAAGAUAUAAAAAUGCAUUUUAACUUGAAUGUCAAGAGGUUUGAUGUGAAUGGACCGACGAAGUUGGAUAUUCAAGUUCUGCAAGAUGGAUAUGUGGUGUUCUCGCAGAGAUACACCGGAGUUAACCCUCCACCUACUGACACCCUUCGACUCUUUGGAGACGCAAUUGCUUUCAUCUACGAUACCGAUGGUUACAGUACCAAAGGAUUUGAAAUUGAAAUGAUUUGUAAAGAUAGCGGCCUAACCACAACAACAACAAGCUAUCCUACUGUACCAACACGAAAAACCAAUCCUACAUUGCGUACCGUAGCUACUACAGUAACCACCAAGAACCCCACAAGUUCUUCAAUAUCUCCGAUUCCUACCACCACAACGACAACCACAACUUCUACAACUACAACAACGACUACAUCAACUACAACUGUUCCAACGACCACCAAAUUUUCAAAUGGUGCUCAGUUGUCUUAUUUUGUUCUGUGCAAUAUGUUGCUCCAACUUCUCUUUCUUUCUUUAUCACCAUUCCUAUUUCAAUUUGUCGCUUCUCAAGGCUAUACCUGCUCUGAAAAUACCGUAGUCACCCCUCCACUUGACAUCACCAAGCCCUAUUACUACCCAAAUGACUGGAAUGAGUCAAUGCCACCUGCCAAAUACAAUCCAUCUCAAAACUGUAACUGGAAGAUCAAUAUACUAGAGGGGAUGUACGCCACAGUCACGUUUUAUAAAAAUUCAAAUUACACUGGAAGCUUCACUGCUUGGUACUCUAACAAUAAUGUUGUGGGACUCUCUGACAAUGAUCACAACCCAUAUAUCUUCACUUCCAAGCAGUUCCAAGUAAGCAUGCAGGUUCAGGAAGAGCCGGGAGAGUUCUCAUUUCAAGUUAUCUGGACGAAUUACCCCCUUAACUCCUGUCACACGUACAUCCAGCUCGACUCCUCCAGUCCAUGGCCAAUCACACCCGCCGACUGUUUCACCACAUUCAGUGCUCCGAAUCGUGUUAUGCUUGUUGGUUUCAACACUAUACACGAAUCAGAAGAGGUUCUUCUGAGGCAGUCAGCAGUUUUUGAGGGUCGUUCGAGUGAUGGAGUGUAUUUGGGCAAUUUAUGGGAUUUGUUGGUUAGGCAGAUUGUUUCGAAUAGCAAUGAGUUGACGGUCUACACGUUUGGGUUGAAUGAGCAGAUCAAUUAUGUGUUGUAUAUGGGUAUUGAUGCGAAAGCCAUCCAAGACGUCCAACUAUUCCGUGGCCUAACUUGCGGAGACAACGAGAAUACCCCAUGUCUCCUGUACCUCCCAUCCAACGCUAUAUCUGCAGUGGCUACUGUAUCUGCAUUGGGUACUGAUACCGUGGAUUACCUCCUACCAUUUGAUAAUUUUCCAUUUGAUGGCACUAUGAAAAUUUACGAAGGAAGAAUGACCGACGAGAAUUUGUUGGCUACGGUGAACCAAACGGAUUACAAGUAUAAGUUUCCUAUGGCAGUGAAGAAUAGCUUGAAAAUUUACUACCUGGAUAAGGGAUCCGUGCAAAUUCCUAUCCUGAGCUAUGGUUACUCAGAAGCAAAAUAUGACAUUGUGUUCCCCGGUCGAUUCAUCAACAUCCAUUCCUUCAAUUACCGUCAAUUAAAUGAGGAUCAGUACACAUAUGAGGGCUUUGGGACGAAUAGUAGUGCGGUGAAAAUGUAUUUCAAUUUGAAUGUGAAAUAUUUCGAUGCGAGUGGUCCGACGACGUAUUUGCAAGUCGAGGUUAUACAAGAUGGAUAUUGGGUUUUCAAGGAGAGAUACAACGCUACCUAUCUUCCCCCAAACACUCUCACACUGUUCGGAGACACCAUUGUGGUAACAUAUGAAAAUAAUGGAUAUAGAACCAAAGGGUUCGAGGUUGACAUGCUCUGCUCUGAAUCAACGCCGAAGACAACGACAGCUGCUCCAACGGUUCCAAGUGUUCACACUAGAUCGGCUCCAGAUUCCGAUUCUACAGUAACCGUGGUCACGUCGACUCCAACAACAUCUACGACAUCUAGACCUAUACCUACUACCACUAAAAUUACUGCUAUCCCUCAAAUUUCUUACAUGUUGAUGAUCACUUUGAUGUGGUUAACAUUGUGA